UCGAAAUUAACGCGUUAAUUGCGAUAAUUAAAUUUUGGAAUUAAUUACGUUAGAAUAUUUAACUAUAAGCGCAGAUGAGUCGCUCCCAUAAUUCCAAUUGUUUUGUUUACCGCGCCACUGAAAAUGGAGAAGCAGGAACAGGAUGGCCUUCUGGAUGGGGAAUUUAAAUACAAGAAGAACACAGACGGGACAAUAAACAAACACGUUGUAAUUUGCACUCACUGCAGUAAAGAGUUUCAAUUUCACCGUUCAUAUUCGAGCUUAAAAUACCACCUUAAUGCCAAACAUGCGUUUGUCGGGGCAGCAGCUUCACCCGGCCUGCGUCAGACCACUCUGAGUGAACGCAGGCCACUCAGUAAGUCUUCUUUGGACAAACUGACCGACAAUAUAGCUAAAUGGAUAGCAAAGGACUGUAGACCGCUAAGCAUUGUGGAGGACAAGGGUUUCGCGGAUGUUUUAAAGGUUGCAUCUCAGGACGCGUCCUACAAGCCCCCAGCGAGAAGCACAAUAACUAUUCGAAUCCACGAACUGUAUGAAACAGAGAAAAAGAAAAAAGAAGAGGCUUUAGUUCACACGGAAUGCGUGGCUCUGACAGGAGACCACUGGACAACAGUGAGUAAUGACAAUUACCUGGGAGUUACUGCGCAUUUAAUCACUGAAGCCUGGGGUCUGACAUCCUUUGCGCUGACUAUAAUGAAAACGGAAGAGCGUCACUUUGCGGAGGCUUGUGCAGAGCAGUUCCAGACUGUUGCUCGCAAUUGGAGCAUUGAGGAGAAGGUGACAACAGUAGGCACGGACAGUGCGCGCUAUAUGAUCGCCGCGGCUCGCAUCAUGCCAUUCAAUCACAUGCCGUGUACCGCGCACAUUCUACAGAGAUGCAUCACAGUGAGCCUCACAGACAGCUUUGUCACUGCACUGGCCAAAUGCCGCAAAAUUGUUGGCCAUUUCAAGCACAGUCCAGCAAACACAGCAGAGCUGAACGCAGAGCAGGUGUCACUGGGGCGCAAGCAGGAGCCGCUGGCCCAGGACGUGCCUACGCGCUGGAACUCCACGCUGGAGAUGGUGAAGCGCUUGAUCCGCAACCAAACUGCAGUAACCGCGACUCUGGAUAAACAGAAGCAUAAACUUGUCCUCCUGACGCCUCCAGAGUGGGACAAACUCCAGAGACUGGAGACACUUCUAGAGCCCUGCAGAUAUGUGACUGAACUGCUAGGAGGAGAGGCCUACGUCUCCUGCUCUGUAGUUCUACCUGCCUUCUGCCACCUGCGGCGUGUCAUGGAAGUAACUGAUGAGGACCCUGCAUAUGUGGUGAGGUUUAAAGAGAAGUUUAAGGAAGACCUCGCUUCCCGCCAGGCACAUACCAACUAUGCAUGGCUCCAGAUUGCAACUGCACUGGACCCACGUUUUAAAGACCUGCGCAGUGUGCCCAAGACUGACAGAGAAGCAGUGUGGACCACACUGGCAGGCAUGCUACAUGAAGACUCUCCUAGAGGAUCACACACUGCAGAAGAAGGUCCAGCCAAGAAGAGGCUGAGCCUGCUGCAGAUGGACUCUGACUCUGAGUCAGAGGAGGAGGUACAGCAGGACAGAGCCAUACAGCGCUACAGAGCAGAGCCCUGCACUGCCUUAGAGGACUGUCCCUUACAGUGGUGGGCAGCUCAUGCAGGAGCCCACAGCCAGCUGGCCCGCCUUGCUCGCAGAUACCUGGCCACUCCUGCCUCCACAGUGCCCUGUGAGAGGCUGUUCUCUGUAGCAGGGCACAUUGUGAACAAGAAGAGGUCUGCUCUGCACUCAGAGAACGUGGACAAGUUGGUUUGUCUCAGCAACUGGCUGAAGGAUGAGUAGACCAGAGGACCGUGUGU